UUUUAGCAAAUAUCUGAAUUCUGAUACUGUAUUUAUUGUUAAUUUUUGGUUUGGUUCUUAAUAAGCACAGAGCUACUCGCCAAAAAUAAAGAGUAAAACGAUUAUAAAUAGUAAAGGAAAAGUAUUUCUGUUUAAUGUGUUAAUAAUGAUUAAGUAAAAUUAGCAGUUGACUUUAAAUGAAAUAAAUAAAUCUCAAUAGGUACUUAGUGUUUAUAAUAACUUCAUCUAAAAUAAUCAUGAGCUCGAUUAACGAGAGAACUGAAACCUCCAAAGAAGUUGCAGAAUUCGAAACACCGGCAGCUAAUACCUCAACUCCAACGGAAUCUCAUGAUCUCGAUAUAUUAUCUUGCGGCGACCAUAAAAGUAACCUAAAUCAAUCUAAAGGCUUUCCAAUUGUGAAAGACCCUAAAGCAGUCUUAUCUCCGAUUAAAAAUUCUGUGUUACAAGAACCCGAUGAAGACAUAUUACUACUAGAUGGGGAUGACGAAGAUCAGGAUGUUAACAUACCUAAUGAAUGUAUUGAAGAUGAAUUACUUAAAGACUCAGAUGCAGAGAUGCCUCUCCAAUCAAUUGAAUAUAGUAAAACCAGCAAAUUAAAAACUCCAAAUGUGAUGCUAGAAAUUCCGUCUCAAGAAGUGAUAGAAUUUAGUGAUGAUGAGUGUGAUUUUAGUGAAAAUGCAAUAAUGUUGCCAGACAUAGAAAAAUCAGUACUUGAAGAAAGUACAGUUGUUCAAGAAAUUACAAAAGAUACACAUGCUCUAAAAUCUGAUAUCCCAAUUAAGCCUGUUGAUUGUCAAGUAAGUACAGUUGAGCAUAGACCAAAUUUGGGAAAGAUGCUUCUUGAAUCAUUGGAAAGGGAAAAUAAAGAAUUAGAUGAGGAGGUGUUUGUUGUGGAUGCUAAUAUAUCAGAUGCAGAACCAGAAGAGUCAGAAAUGAGUCCUGCUCAGCUAGAUAACAUAGAGGAAACUAAUUUAAAUACAGAAAUAAUUAAAAUUAUAAAAGAUACACACACAGUUAAACCACAAUUUUCAAGUGAGCCUUUUAUUUGUGAUGAAGUAAAUAAUGAUGAGCAUGGAUCUAAUUUAGAAAAGAUGCUCCUUGAAUCAUUGGAAAGAGAAAAUCAAGAAUUAGACAAAGAGCUGCUAGCAAUUACUACUAAAAAAUUAGAUACUGAAACUGACAAGUUAGUAACGAGUACUGCUAAUUCAGAAAAUAUUGACAUGAGUAACAUAGAUAAUGACACAAAUGAAAUUGAUGUUGAAAUAUCAGAUAUGUGUAAAAUAACACACCAAGAUGUCAAAGCUGAUGAAAGUGAUGAAGAUGAAUGUGUAAUACUAGAAGAUGAUCCUCCUGUUGAAAAUAUUAUUACUGAAGAGGAAGAGUUGAAAAAUGCAAUUCAAGGUAUAGAACAGGAAUCUCUUACAAUAUCCAACAACUGUGACAAUAUUGAAAAGCUCAUAAGUGAAGUACAAGAAGACACACAUGAGCAAAUUGAUGUUGAAUCAUCCAUUGAGCAAGAAGACAUAAAUAUAGAUAUUGAUGAUGAUGCAGAUGAUUUCGACAUAACACUAUGUCCUCAAGAUCAAGCAGUAGACAUUGAGUAUGAAAAGACUGCUAUUGAAGGUGAAACAAAAACAAAUAAGCUAGAUACAAGCUCUACUGAUGCUGAAACUACACCUAUAGUUACAGCUGUAUCUGAAAACAGUCCAGUAAAUAUAGUGGAUAAUUCUAUUGAUGUGGAAAUGACAGCCUCAACUACAGCUGUUGCAGAAAACAUUCCAGAAGAUAUGAUGGAAAAUGAAAGUGUAAGUAAUAUAGAAGAAGAAAACACAUCAAAUGUAAAUCAGUUAUUAUCUACAGUAAGUACAGUACCAGAAGAGUCAAGUGAUACGGAAACACAGGAACAAAUAUGUUCAGAAAUGCCAACUGAUGUUGAUGUACCAUCUAAUUCAAAAAUUUCUGAUGAAGAGGUUUUAAUUGAAGAAGGUGAGAAUCAACCAUCUACUUCAGGAUGUAUCCAGGAAGAGAAAAAUGUUGUACACAGUUCUGAUAACCUGAUAUCUGAGGAGAUAACAGAGGAUAGUUUAGGAUUAUUAGCUGAGUCCUCAAGAGUAAUGGAUGAUGAAGAAGAAGAUGAGGAUGAUGGAGAUGGAGAUGAUGAUGAAGAUUUUGAUCAGGAUGAUGAGAGCAACCAAAUGAUGGUCGAUAAUUCUGAGGAUUCUAACACACACCAGUCGGAAACAGAUAUGCCUAAAGAAAGUCUACCUCCGAACCAAGGUGUCUUGAUAUGCAAUGUGGAUGAGACAACAGGAGAUUCUGAAGUUGAGUGUGAAAAGAAAAGCAAAUCUGCAGUGGAUAUCCCGGAGGUUUCAGAAGAAAUGGAAGUCGACACGAACGGGCCAGCGGAAUAUACAGAACCCGUUAAGAUUUCUAGUGUGGAAAGGAGUGCAGCAAUUUCGAGUAGUCCAACAAAACUUCAGCCAGUCAUUAAUAUUGUGUAUCUUGCAGACAGUUCCGAUGAUGAUGUCACGGAGGUACCAAAAGCUACAGAAGUUGGUGAUGAAGAAGAGCCUGGCACGACGACCGUAAACCUGCCAGGGGAGAUCGCGGUGACGGGAAUAUCCGGUAGCACUUACCACAUGGACAUCAAGACUAGCCAGGGGGAGAUCGUCAUAAGUGGGAUACCUAAACCUCCCCCCGCAAAACCGAUCACCAUACCAAAAUUUGUAAUGCGAGAGUGUGAAACACUAAAAAAUACAGUAUCUGUGAAACGGCCAGCUAAAACAUCUACAGAACGUUCACGUGAACAUAGACAGCGGAAAAAGGCUUUCAAAUUCAUUUUAAAAAGUAAACCAAAAACUUCAGCAGAGCGUAGUCGUUACAGGUCUCGAAAAAGGGCUGGGCAUGAUGAAAAAAAUACCAAUCACUUCCAUACAGCUAUGGAGGUGCUGCCAUUGGCCCGUUUGAACACGAGUGAAGUUUCAAUCAAAAGAACAAAGCAGACAGCGCCUGAAAUAUUCUCGCUGGAUUCCGAUGAAGAUGACAACUCUUGUGACGUUGAGAUACCCCCAACGCAAACAAAAACGCAAAUCGAAAAGCAAGACACGAUCAAGUGUGUGAAUAAGAAUUGCAAUAACGAAUGCUCGCAGUAUGUGAUCGCGGAUAAUAGCACGACUACGUACUACCACGGUGACAAGGACCGAUACUACUGCGUGUGUUUGCCUUGCGCCGAUGUCGUCAAACGCAGAAACGAGCAACUAAUCGAGAGUAUUCGUAAUUUCGAUGACCUGCUAACACUCCAACUGAAUACUACGAGUGAGGACCUGGUGGAGAUAUCCGACUCGGACUCCGAUUGUGAACUGGAACUGCAGGAAAUGGAUAAAGGAGUUAUUGGCGACGAUGGAGCCAAAAUUCUGGAGAGAGAAUUGGCAGACCUAAUUAACUUCACCUGGAACAAAUACAAUAUGGACGAAAGAGUUGCUGCGGCUACUGAGAAGUUUAAAGAAGAGAUAGUGCAGUUCGAACUCAAUACCGAGAUACUAGACAGUAUGAUAGUCGACUGUCAGGCGACGACGGAUAAACUUCGCAAUGACCUCUACGCGACCUUCCAGCCGAAUAUCAGGGAGCUGCCGCCCAUUGAGAUAGUCGAUGUCACCGGACCUCCAGCUGAACUUGUGAGUGCGGUAAAAGAUGAUGAUGAUAGAGAUAUAUCAGUGGUGAAGCUAUCAGCGGAAAUGGCCCCGGCUGACCUUCCGCCCCCGGGAGACGUAGUGAAGCCAGAACUCCGGGUGGGCAUGCAAGUGUACGCCAUGAGGAACCUGUUUGGGACCUGGUGCAAGGCAAGGAUAAUCGAAAUAUUGAACACUUCGGGUUCGUUGUUUACCUCGUGUAAAGUGAGGUAUGAGGGGAAGGCGAAGAACCAGUACAAAGUUAUUUCGGCGAGAAGUAUGGCGUACGCGGAGCCCGCCAACGCGAGAAUGACUAUUGGUAUGCGAGUUAUUGCACUGUUCCAAGAUUCGAACAUUGAUAAGAAAGAGAGUUUUUAUUCUGGUGUUGUGGCCGAAGUCCCGAAUCCGGUCAAUAAUUAUAGAUAUCUGAUAUUCUUCGACGACGGCUACGCGCAGUAUGCUUCGCACGCUAACACCCGCCCGGUCUGCCAGUGCUCCAGCCUGGUGUGGGAGGAGAUGCACCAGCUCUCGCGGGAGUUCGUCAAGCAGUACCUGAUGGCAUACCCUGAACGGCCCAUGGUCAGGCUACACGCUGGUCAGGUGCUGGAGACUGAAUGGGAUGGCAAAUGGUGGACUUCUCGCGUGGUGAAAGUUGACGCGUCGCUGGUUCAGAUACGGUUUGCUAACGACAAGGGAAGGCUGGAGUGGAUCUACAGAGGCUCCACCAGACUCGCCCCACUCUUUCGAGAGUUGCAAGCAGCUGAGAAGCCCAGGCACAGAGCAAUGCCUAAAGCUCAGGCUCAUUCCAGGAUCAACAUGCCGUACGUGGAAUACACCAGGACUGAUGAGCAAAUAAACAAAUCCGAAGCGACGCAACAACAAAACGUCGAGACACAGGGCCGCAGACAGCGCUCGGUCGCCAAGAAAUCGACGGUAUCGAUGAACCUGUACCCGAUACCGCCACAGCCGCAGCUACCAUCAGUCCGACUCGAGAACUUCACCAGCCGCGUCGUGUACUAUACGCCGAAAAAUGCGGUGAAGCCACACAAAAUGGUUCCUCACAUGUGCGGUCCGCGAUGCAAACGGACUGAUGUGCUAUCGCUAUACGAACUGAGAACAUACAAUCCGCUCGCCAAACCGCUGCUGAGCGGGUGGGAGAGACAAAUAGUGCGGUGGAAGGGCCGCAAGGAGGUGCUGUAUUGCACGCCGUGCGGGCGCCGCGUACGCAACGUGGGCGAACUACACCAGUACUUGCGACUCAUCGGGUCCGACAUGGGCGUCGACCUGUUCGACUUCAACGCCAGCACGCACUGCCUGGCAGAGUUUGUUAUCAACAAGUGCAUAAUCUCGAAGAAGGACCUGUCGCACGGCAAGGAGAACGUGCCGGUUCCGUGCGUGAACUACUACGACGAGUCGCUGCCGGAGUUCUGUUCGUACAACACGGAGCGGACGCCGACCACGGGCGUGCCGCUCAACGUCGACCCGGACUUCCUGUGCGGAUGUGACUGCGACGAUGAUUGCCUGGAUAAAUCAAAGUGCGCGUGCUGGAAGCUCACGCUAGAAGGAGCGCGAACUAUCGGGUUAGACGGAGAUAUAGGAUACAACUAUAAGCGACUCCUGGAGCCGCUGCCUUCGGGAAUAUACGAAUGUAACUCAAGAUGUAAAUGCAAAUCGACUUGCAUGAAUCGAGUGGCGCAACACCCCCUUCAACUUAAGUUACAGGUGUUCAAAACAAUGAAUAGAGGCUGGGGUAUCCGCGCGCUGAAUGACGUACCCAAAGGGGCGUUCAUUUGUAUAUACGCGGGGAAUCUACUCACAGACGCCACCGCGAAUCUGGAUGGUCUGAACGAGGGCGACGAGUACCUGGCAGAGCUGGACUAUAUCGAAGUGGUGGAACAGAUGAAGGAGGGUUACGAGGAGGAUGUACCGGAAUCUAUCAAAAAGCUGGAUAGGGGAGACUCGGUGAACCGGGUGGACACAACGUCGGAGAGUGAUCAGGAUGGCUCGUCGGAAGAAGAAGUGGUGAACAAGAUGGAGGACGAUGAUUUUGUGCCGAGCUACAUUGGACCCAGACCUGCUGAGUUCAACAAACGACUAAGGAAAAGAGCUAAGAAGGAGAAAAAAGAAGAUGAAAAAGCUGAGGAAACACCGGCGGUGAACAAUCAACAACAGGAUAAGAAGGACGAAGAUGAGUGCAUCACUAUCAGUGAUGAUGAAGAAGUUUGCAGAGAACCGUCACGUUUUGCGGCCGCGGCCGGUAUGGGGGCGAAUGCGUUUAAACCAAAACAUAAGUCCGUCCGAACGCUGUACGGGUCAGAGGAGGCUUGUUACAUUAUGGACGCUAAGGUGCAAGGCAACAUUGGACGGUAUCUAAAUCAUUCGUGUUCCCCGAACGUGUUCGUCCAGAACGUUUUCGUGGACACGCACGAUCCCCGCUUCCCUUGGGUCGCUUUUUUCGCGCUUUGCCACAUCAAGGCGGGCACUGAGCUCACGUGGAACUACAACUAUGACGUCGGCUCCGUUCCCGGAAAGGUGCUGUACUGUUUCUGCGGCGCUCCGAACUGCAGGAGACGACUUCUGUAAUGUGCUGAUUUCUGCCGGACGAACUGUGCCAAUAUCGAAGACUACGUGAUUGCUGCAACUGUGGGACUACAUAAUUAUAUGAUUAAUAAAUUUAACAUACUUUUGCACAACAGACUAUCGAUAACCUUAGGCCAGCACUACGGCUGCAGUGUAUACGUUUGAUGAUCGAACUUGAAAAAUUUCAAUUUCUCGUUACAAUCCAACCAGCUAUAUUCUAGAAAAGACAACAUUUAUUAUAAUUCGCAGUAGAAGAGCGAAACAGAUUUGUCAAUGUGCGUUUACUAAUAGUUCAAUAUUAACCAAGGAGCUAAUGCUAAUUGUGUCUAACUGUUUACGACUUGUCAAUCAAAAUCGGUUACAGUAACAUCUACAGUGUUCUUCUUAGUAUAUUCAAUUCAUAAUAUCUUUAUUCACUGUAAAACUUUAUAAGUUAUUUAGAGUGCAAGCCAGGAUGAAGUACAAAAAGUUACAAAACUGUUCAAAUGAUUAUAACAAUAUUCAUUAAUAAUAAAUUUAGAAACAUUAAUUCCAACUGUCUUUAUCAUUCACAUUAUAAUAGGCCUUAGAUGUUAAUUUAUUUUUACGAUACAUUAAAAAUUUUAGUUGGUAAUUUUUUAAUAUGAUUUGGGAGUUUAUUAUAAAAUACCUAUAACACAGUCCACUUUAAAAGAUUUAGUAAUUUUACGGAGCUUAGUAGAUGGAAUUGCAAGUUUAUGGUAGUUUUCAUUGUGUACAUCAAUAUUAUUUUUAAAUUGGCUAAUAUGUUUAAGAGCCUACAGGAGGUUCUCGUAUAUGUACUGGCAGUGUACUAUCAUAAUAUUAAUUUCAUAUUGUAAUUCUAUUACCUUUCAUAUUGUAAUUCGUAUACAACUAUGUCAGUCCCAGUCGGUUUUACAAGUGGUCUACUGUCAAAGAGUACUUAGGUUCUAAGAUACAGUCUGCGCGCGACUCGCGAGUUGAAUGCAGUCGGGGCCUGGGGUAUAGAGCGCGAGCAUCUGCCCCCGCUAUCCACACCGUGUAGUGCUGUGCCGUAGACGUCGCUUACUGUGUUAUCCUGUUAAUGCCUAAGUUGCUAUCCCGUGUUAUUUUUGAAGUUAAUACUUCUCUAGGCGCGUUAUGAAAAUAUGAUGAGAGGCAAAUUUUAAAAUGCGCACAUCACUGUAACACAAAAGUAACAGGGUGAAGUUGGUUCCUAAAAUUUUCUGACGUUUGCGACAUUCGUUAUUCUUUUUUGGUUUCUUCGUCCAUUAUUAGGACAGGCAAAGGGUUUAAGCCCGUACAGCCAUAUUCGUCAUUUAGUAAUUAAUUGUCAAAGCCAUCUCUGCAAGAUUUUUACAAAAUUGUUCUUUCUAAAAACGUAGAAAAGUACGAGGAAUAUUUUUAUGAUUUUUGCUUCGUAAGUCCAUUACGUUCCGAUCCCAAAAAAAGUGGGUUUUUAUUCAUCGAGUAAUGGCGAAAAAUAUUUUAGACAUGUUUUGAAGAACAAUAAUUUGAGAUUUAAUUAUUAGGUUAAAAUCGUAAACUUGUUUAAAUUUAUCGACACACAUUAUCAAUUAUCAUUAGGUCGCAUCACUGUCGCAUUCCUGGACUCUGCAUUCAACUCGCGCGUUAUCUGUAGUUAUUGUCGUGUUUGUACAGUUUGUACGGUGUGAACAAUCAUAUUACUGUAAUAAUUGAUUUAGCAUUGUUGCUCUGCAUCUUUUCUUCUACAAUGUUAACCUCUGAAUGAACUGAUUCUGAUAAUUCUUUUAAAUUUCGGUCUAUAUUUGCACGAAAGAGAUUGUAUGACAUUUUGUAGAAUGGUUGUUUUAUAACUUGAUACAUUAUUUUAAAUAACUAUUUCACACAUAUUUUCGCAUGCGAUAUUCACCUUAAAAGGUAUCAUUAGGAAAUGUAUGUUCAAGCGAAUUUCGAUCUACUUGUUUAUUAUGACUGACGAACAGUGACAUUAAGGUGGGUCACGAUUUAAUUUGGUCGAUAGUACAAUACCUACUCAAUACUUGGUCAAGUGUAAUUUUGUGAGUCGUUGCUCGUAAAUUGAGUCGGGGAAUCUAUUUGUUCUAGCCACAGGAUUUUGUGUUGCCCUGAAGCAUAGCACUUUUUUUCUUAUGAAAAUAAGGCACGAAUCGAGCAGGACGUUCAGCUGAUGGUAAUUGAUACACUCUGUCAAUUACAAUGCAGUGCCACUCAGGAUUCUUGUUAAACCCCAAAAAUUCUCAGGGGCACUAUAAUUGCGCUCGUCACCUUGAAACAAGAUGUUAAGUCAAAUAUGCUCAGUAGUUUCACUAGCUACGGCGCCCUUCAGACCGAAACACAAUAUUUUUUACACAUUACUGCUUCACUGCAGAAAUAGGCGCCGUUGUGGUACCCAUAAUCUAGCCGGCAUCUUGCCAACUGGAUAUAAACUGACUAAUUUCAGUACAAAUUAAAUUGAAAUACUUUAAACAGAUUUAUUGCACUCAUAACCGUCUCGUAAAACAAAUCAAAAGAAUCGGAAAUUUUUGUAUUGAUUUUCAACCUUACGACAAUGUAGAUGAUUGUAAACUAUGUUAAGGCUAAAGCUAACUUAUUUGUAAGUGAAAUACUGCCACAUUUUAUUAACUAUAACUAACUAAUAACGUGGAUCUCGAACGUUUUGUAAAUAUUUGUAAUGUAGAUCUUAUUAUGUCUGUAGUUGUUUGUAAGUAGUUGUUUGUGUAAUAAAUGAUUUGUGAAGA